GUACUCUAUCUGACAUUGAAAUAUUUGAAAUUGACGUCUUUCAUACGUCUUUCUUCUUUCUUUCUUUAACAUGUUUUUCUUGUGAAAUAAAUACACGUGUUUUUAAUUUUUUAGUAAUCAAAUAAAACAUGGUUUCAAAGAGGAAAAAGAAGUAUUCGACCGGAGAAGGUGCUCAGUUUAUGACCAGAAAAGCGGCUCUCAAGAAACUGCAACUUUCAUUGAAUGAUUUUAGACGACUUUGUAUUUUAAAAGGCAUUUAUCCAAGGGAGCCACGAAAUAGGAAAAGAGCUCAAAAAGGACAAUCAGGCAUUAAAACUUUAUACCAUGUAAAAGACAUUCAGUUUUUACUACAUGAGCCUAUCAUAUGGCGACUGCGGGACUAUAAAAUAUUUAACAAGAAAGUUGGACGUGCAAGAGCGUUGAAAGAUUUCGAAAAUUUAAAAAGAUAUUUAAAUAGUCAUCCGACACUAAAAUUAGAUCAUAUAGUGAAGGAAAGAUAUCCGACAUUUAUAGAUGCUCUGAGAGACUUGGAUGAUUGUCUUACUCUUUGCUUUUUGUUUAGUACCUUUCCUUCUAUUGCUCAUGUUCCUAGGGAUCAAUCGGCUCUAUGUCAAAGAUUGACAAUGGAAUUUUUACAUAUUGUAAUCGAAGCAAAAGCUUUAAGGAAAGUAUUUAUUUCAAUUAAAGGCUAUUAUUUUCAAGCUGAACUUAAAGGUCAGACAAUAACUUGGAUAAUACCUCAUCAUUUCUCAUUUGAACCGCAACAAAAAUCUGAAGUUGAUUUUAAAAUUAUGUCUACUUUUGUGGAAUUUUAUACGAUACUAUUAGGAUUUGUAAACUUCAGACUUUAUCAUGGUUUGAAUUUACAUUAUCCACCAAAAUUUGUGUCAAUGUCACCAAACAGCAAUGAAAAAUUAUUAGUCGAUGAAGAUAUCUUUGUAGCUGAAAGAGUUAAUGCUUUAAAUGUGUCUUUGUUAAAAACAUCAGAUGCAGUAGAUGAAGAAAUUGAGAUUGAUAACUUCAAUUCGGAGGAUGGCCCAGAAAAUAUUGAAGAUGCAAAAAAGGAGGCUGAAAAUAUAAAAAAAUUAAAAACACUUUUUAAAGGCCUUAAAUUUUAUUUGAACAGAGAAGUGCCCAGAGAACCCCUUGUAUUUAUAAUAAGAUGUUUUGGUGGAGAAGUCUCAUGGGAUAAGACACUUUUUGUAGGUGCAACUUUUGAUGAAAAUGAUGAAAGUAUAACACAUCAUAUUGUGGAUAGACCAUCAGUGUCAAAGCAGUAUAUUUCGAGGUAUUAUGUUCAACCACAAUGGGUUUUUGACAGUGUAAAUGCUAGAGAUUUAUUACCAGUUAAUAAAUAUUUUAUGGGAGAAGUGUUACCACCACAUUUGUCACCAUUUAUAGAUAAAGACAGAGAUCAACAAUAUAUACCACCAGAAGAAAGGGCUUUAUAUGACCCUUCAAUUUUGGAAGAACAGCACAAGAAGGAUGCUAUGGAAAUGGAAGAUCAGGAUGAGGAUGAGGAUAGUGAUGAUGAUGCAAAGGAAGAAAAUGAAAGUCCCGAAACUGAAAAUACUAAAAAGAAAGGAAAGCUAUCAGUAACAACAGGGGAAGUUUAUAAGGAGAUUCCAUGGGAAAAAGAUAGGCAAGAAAAACAAGCAUACAGACUACGAGAAAAAAUGAUUAAGAAGAAACACAGAAAGCUAUACAAGAGUAUGAUGGAAGGCCGAAAAGAUAGGGCCAAAGAAAUUUGGCUUUUGCGCAAGAAGAGAAGACUUCAUGAUGAAAAAAAAGCAGGUGAAAAACCUAUUAAGAAGAAACAGAAAGCUAAGUAAACUUGUGAGCAUUGUAAUGUAUAUACUUACUUAGAUAAGGCCUUGUUUUUCAUGUAUAAGGUAAAAAAUAAAUAUUUUAAUAUUUAAA